CGGUGUUUUCACAUCCAUCCUCCUGCCAUGCAGCGUGAGCCUGCCAGGAAGAAGCCCGAGAAGCAUGAGAAGCGGCUGUUUGACGCCAUGUCCUUCGGGAAGGACCUGCUGGCCGGCGGCGUGGCGGCGGCCGUGUCCAAGACGGCGGUGGCGCCCAUCGAGCGAGUGAAGCUGCUGCUGCAGGUGCAGGCGUCGUCCAAGCAGAUCAGCCCCGAGGCGCGCUACCGAGGCAUGGUGGACUGCUUGGUGCGGAUUCCCCAGGAGCAGGGUUUCCUUAGUUAUUGGCGAGGCAAUUUUGCAAAUGUUAUCCGGUACUUUCCGACACAAGCUCUAAACUUCGCUUUUAAGGACAAAUACAAGCAACUUUUCAUGUCUGGGGUUAAUAAGGAAAAACAGUUCUGGAGGUGGUUCUUGGCAAACCUGGCCUCUGGUGGAGCUGCCGGAGCAACUUCUUUGUGUGUAGUUUACCCUCUGGAUUUUGCCCGAACCCGAUUAGGUGUUGAUAUUGGAAAAGGUCCUGAAGAACGACAGUUCAAAGGUUUAGGUGACUGUAUUGUUAAAAUAGCGAAAUCGGAUGGAAUAGUUGGCUUGUACCAAGGGUUUGGCGUUUCAGUUCAGGGAAUCAUUGUGUACCGAGCCUCUUACUUUGGAGCUUAUGAUACAGUUAAGGGCUUACUACCAAAACCAAAAGAAACGCCAUUUCUUAUCUCAUUUUUCAUUGCUCAAAUUGUGACUACAUGCUCUGGAAUACUCUCUUAUCCCUUUGAUACAGUUAGAAGACGGAUGAUGAUGCAGAGUGGAGAAACUGAACGACAGUAUAAAGGAACCUUAGACUGCUUUGUGAAGAUAUACCAACAUGAAGGAAUGAAUGCAUUUUUUCGUGGUGCCUUCUCCAAUAUCCUUCGUGGUACAGGCGGUGCUUUGGUGUUAGUGUUGUAUGAUAAAAUUAAGGAAUUCCUUAAUAUUGAUGUUGGAAGUUCAUCAGGAGAUUAAGUUUAGAAAUAUGUAUACUGAAUUUGUUAAAACAUACCAAUUACAUGCCUGCCAUGUGUGUACAUUUUGUUGGUGUGUUACUAAUACCAUUAUCUUCUUGAAGUGCUAAUUCUGUGAUAAAGUAUAGGCAUUUUUCAAAGAUUUAAAUGCUAAAAAUCAGACUAUGUGGAUUUUCCUCCCACUUAGGUCCAAACUAAUUUUAAUGAGACAUUACCUGUAAGCAGUGUGUAUUAUUUCUGUUAGUUGAAAAUUUUUCUUACUUUUGCAAUGCAAAAUUGAAAUGUAUAAUGUUGGAAUACAAGAGGUGAAUAUAUCUUCUUUUAAAUUAUUCAUUUAAUAUAUGUUUUCCCAUCUUUAAUAAUCAUACAAUAUGAGAAAUAUUUCUUGAAAGCUUAUCAAGAGAUGUCAUUACAUUUAACGGCAGAAAUGUGUUUUCUACAACAUCUCUAUGGAGACAGUUAAGAUAUUACAAUGUAUACAUUGCAGUAUCAUACAGCUUUUGAUAAGCACAGAUUAUAGAUUUAUUCAUUAAAAAAUUGAUAAUGACCCUAUAAAACUUAAGUUGGAAAGUAAAAUGGCUUAUAUGUUAAUAUUUAGCAAAAUAUUUCUACUGAGAAUGUCUUAAAACAAACAAAAAAAAAUCUCCUUGAAAGUUGGUUUAUGUAUUCUGUGUUGACAAUAAAGGAAGU